CAGCGGGCGUCCUCCUUCCCCACGCGCCCCCCGACUCCGGGGAGCGCUGCCGCCGACCAUGGCGACCAAUUUCAACGACAUCGUCAAGCAGGGCUACGUGCGGAUGAAGAGCAGGAAGCUGGGGAUCUACCGGAGGUGCUGGCUGGUGUUCCGGAAAUCCUCCAGCAAGGGGCCCCAGCGGCUGGAGAAGUAUCCCGAUGAGAAGUCGGUGUGCCUCCGAGGCUGCCCCAAGGUGACAGAGAUCAGCAACGUCAAGUGCGUCACACGGCUCCCCAAGGAGACCAAGAGGCAGGCGGUGGCCAUCAUAUUCACCGAUGACUCUGCCCGGACCUUCACCUGCGACUCAGAGCUGGAAGCUGAGGAGUGGUACAAGACGCUGUCCGUGGAGUGUCUGGGGUCGAGGCUCAAUGACAUCAGCCUGGGGGAGCCGGACCUCCUGGCCCCGGGGGUGCAGUGUGAACAGACAGAUCGCUUCAAUGUCUUCCUGCUGCCCUGCCCCAACCUGGACGUGUACGGCGAGUGCAAGCUGCAGAUCACGCACGAGAACAUCUACCUCUGGGACAUCCACAACCCCCGCGUGAAGCUCGUCUCGUGGCCCCUCUGCUCGCUGCGCCGCUACGGCCGGGACGCCACCCGCUUCACCUUCGAGGCAGGCCGGAUGUGCGACGCGGGGGAAGGACUCUACACCUUCCAGACGCAGGAGGGCGAGCAGAUCUACCAGCGGGUGCACGGGGCCACGCUGGCCAUCGCCGAGCAGCACAAGCGCGUCCUGCUGGAGAUGGAGAAGAACGUGCGGCUGCUGAACAAGGGCACGGAGCACUACUCCUAUCCCUGCACGCCCACCACCAUGCUCCCCCGCAGUGCCUAUUGGCACCACAUCACUGGCUCCCAGAACAUCAGCGAGACCGCCAGCUAUGCCGGUGAGGGCUACCCCGGGGCAGCCCAGGCCAGCUCAGAGACGGACCUCCUCAACAGAUUCAUCCUGCUGAAGCCAAAGUCCAGCCCCGGGGACAGCAGCGAGGCCCAGACCCCGGCCCAGUGACGGCGGGGUGGGGGAAUGCCAGAGACAGACUGUGGACGGCCCCGGGGGGCUGGCGCCGAGAGCCCGGAGAAGGGGAGCAGGCCUGUCCCUUCCUCACCCCCGAGAGUGAGGCCGGACCGAGGCCAAGGGCUGGCCCCGCCGCCCGAGCAUGUGAGGGGCUGGAGCUACCGUGGGACUCUACUGUUGAUGAUUUAAUAUAUACAGCUUAUGAUAUAUUCUCUAUUAACGAACUCCCCCUCCCCCCACAAACCGCUUCCAAUCCC